AUGGCUUAUUUUGGAGAAGGAAAAGGGCCAAUUCAUGUGGAUAAUGUGAAGUGUACAGGAAAUGAAAGGUCUUUGGCAGAUUGCAUCAAGCAAGAUAUUGGAAAACACAACUGUCGUCACAGUGAAGAUGCUGGUGUGAUCUGUGAUUAUUUAAACAAAAAAACAGAUGUUGGGAUUAAAGGUAUGUACUAUCAAUUGUUGAAUUAUAAAGCUGGAUAAUACAAACUAUCCUUUAUUUUAAUAGCAAUGAUAUAUUCAUUCUACUAUGUACUUUAUUGGCAAUUGUACUGUGAAAAACUCAUUACCUACUUAACUCAAUAUGUUUUGGUAAAAAUGAUGUGAGGCAAUAAGAUAAAUAAUAAUGAUGUGCUUUAAAAUUUCUAGUUAUGUUUAUGACCUCCAUUUGCUUGUACGAUCUGUUGUUUCUGUUGAUUCUGUUAAAGUCGCACAAAAUGGCAGAAAUUAAGGCCCACAUAAAAAUUAACAAAAAAGCAUCACUGUGUGGACAUCUGGGAUUGAAGGGGUUGAGGCAGGAGCAAUACAUAAUAUGAGUGAUAAUAAAUAGAAUACAUAAUAAUAUAGAGGAAAAGCAGGUCAAUUGUGUUGCCAUAACAACUAGAAUAGCAAACAAAAUUAAACAGGCAGCAUAAAGUGAAAUACCCUUGCCAGGAUGCCUUGCAUGUAAUACAGGCAAUCAUAAAGAAUUUACAUUCAAGUACAAGAUAUAGGUAGCCAUUGAUCCAACAAAAGAAAAUGAAGGAGACGCAGGCACAUACCUGUAUCCUGAAGACAUAUUGUGCAGCGGGGGAAGCAGGUCACUGAGGCACCCAGGCCAGACAGCCGAAACGUGAAAAACUGGAGUGAUUUCACUGGAUGUUAUAUAACAUCAAAAAGGGUGACAUGAAAAAAGAAAACAUAUGAAAGUUCCCAAAAUUGCUAAACAAAAUUACCAUGUGUGUACUAUGUCUGAAUAUGCAUGUAGAAUUGUGUAUGUGUAGGGGUGUGUGUAUGUACGGUUUCUGAGCGUGUUGUUCAGUGUAUUUGCUGGGUGUCCCUGCCCCCUGGCCCAGCCCGCCCCUGUGUGUACUAUACUGUCAUUUUGUGUACAGCAGUGUGUGCAUAGUGUGUCUGAUUGUUUGUGUAUGUAUAGCAGUGUACCAUUGUGUGUUAACUUUGCCUGUGCACAUACUGCAUCUGAGUAUAUAUACUGAGUGUGUGAAGCCUGUGUUUCAUUGUGUGUGUGGUGGGUGUCAUUGUUUGUAUAUGUGUGUACAUGCCAUACAUAGUAGAGGUCAAUAUUCUCUCACCACUCUCCCACAGUCCAGUUGGAGAAAAAUAGUGCUGGUAUUGCAGUACACUGGCAUCAGCCAGCCAUCCUCACACAACAGCUGUGUCAGUGAAAUACUGGCUUGGCAGCAGCCCUAGCCUGGACAGAAGGUGCUUAAAAGGGUUUUAGGUACUGAUCAGCACAUAUUAGCAUGCUGCAGUAGUAGUCCACGUACAAUUGUAAUGUUUAGAUUCUGAAUGCAUUUUGAUAAUCUACACCAGCAGGCUUUUUGACCAUUUUUAGUUUAGUUUUGAAUGUACUAUUUAAUACUUGUGUUCAUUUUGAUUAAUCUUUCAGAGUUACUUCAAUACAAUGCACAAUCUCAGUUGCAUAACCCACAAAUAUUUUUGCAGGAAUGAACAAAGGUGAGAUAAAUUGGCUUGGUCAGCCAAUGAUAGGCUGGCACUUAGAUGAUCCAUGUCAGGCAGGUGUUUUAGGGGUGUUAGUGGCUGAUGGCUUUGUUUAUGAUGUGAUAAUGAGCCAAGAUAUGAAGAUCCAUGAUUGCUGUACAAGGUGGCCAGGCAUGGUUACAUGAAGUUUUGUAUCAUGUUGUUGUUGUUGAAUGUAGGUUGGUAUAAGCUAAUGCUUGUUGAUGAAUGUAGUUAUAUUUUAGGGAUAUAUGGGCAUUUCUGUUUAAUUUUCUUAUGACAUUCCUUAGGCCUCAAGCCACAAACCCAGAAAAAUGCAAUACUGACUAAUAAAAGAGCUCCAACAGCUUGAUCUUAGCUCAUGGCCUUCUUUACCUUUUUUAUUGUUCUGUGCAUAUUGUAUGUUCUACCCUAACAUACAACGUACAGCGCUGCAGAAUAUGUUGGCGCUUCAUUAAUGACAGUAAUAAUAAAAAAAAAAAAUUGUGAGGGUUAGAUAGAUUUUACUUGCAAGAUUCAGCACAUGUAUUGAAAUUUAGACUGGUUUUCAUAUUGGAAAUAGCUUAGAAACAUGAAACAUUGUUUUGAAACAAAAAAUACCGGAACAGAAUCUCCUCUCUCCUCGCCUGCUCAGCUAAUAUAAAAUAUUGGCAUGGUGGCCCAGUGAUAGGCUGAGACUGACAGCUGGCACUCUCAGGCAAUCACUGGCCUCUCAUUGCAAGUAACAAGCUGACUCUCUCAGGCUGGCCUCUCAUUGCCCAAG